AUGCCUGAACGGAUAUAUCCAUUCAUAUGUCGUGUGUUUUUUUUUACCUCACUUUUCUCUCUCUCUCUCUCUCUCUCUCUCUCUCUCUUCUCUCUCUCUCUUUUGGUUUCUUUUUUUUUUUUUUUUUUUUUUUCUUUCUCUUUCAUUCCUUCUUUUUUCCCUCUCUCUUCAUUUCUUUUUUUUUUUUUUUCUUCUUUUUUUUUCUUUUUUUUUUUUUUUCCCUCCUUUUUGUUCUUUCUUUUCUUCUUUCGCAUUCUUUUUUUCUUUCUUUCUUUCUUUGUCUUCUCUCUCUCUCUCUCUCUCUCUUUCUUUCUCUCUUUCUUUUUUUUUUCUUUUCUAAAAACUUUUUUUUUUUUUUUUUUUCUAUCCCUUUUCAUCUUUUUUUCUUUUUCUUUUUUUCCUUCUCUCUUUCUUUUUCUUUCUUUUCUUUUUUCUUUUUUCCUUUUCUUUCUUUUUUUUUUUUUCUUUCUUUUCUUUUUUUUCUUUUUUUUUUUCUUUCUUUUCUUUCUUUUUUUCUUCUUCUUCUUUAUUCUCUCUUUCUUUUUCUUCUUUCUUUCUUUCGCUCUUUCUUUUUCUUCUUUCUUUCUUUCUCUCUUUUUUCUUCUUUCUUUCUCUCUUUUUUCUUCUUUCUUUCUUUCUCUCUUUCUGUUUCUUCUUUCUCUCUUUCUUUUUCUUCUUUCUUUCUUUCGUUCUCUCUUUUAUUCUUUCUUUCUCUCUUUCUUUUUCUUCUUUCUUUCUUUCUUUUUCUUCUUUCUUUCUCUCUUUCUUUUUCUUCUUUCUUUUUUCUUUCUAUCUUUCUUUUUCUUCUUUCUUUUUCUCUUUCUUUUUCUUCUUUCUUUCUUUCUCUCUUUCUUUUUCUCUUUCUUUUUCUUCUUUCUGUCUUUCUCUCUUUCUUUCUCUCUUUCUUUUUCUUCUUUCUGUCUUUCUCUCUCUCUUUUUUCUCCCUUUCUUUGUUUCCUCUUUUCUCACUGUAAGUUUCUUUUUUUAUUCUUUUUUCUCUUUCCUUAUUUCUCCCUUUUACUUUAUUUCUUUCUUUUUGUCAUUUUCUUUCUUUCUUUAUUUCUUUCUUUCUUUUUACACUUUUUCUUUCCUUAUUUCUUUUUCCCUCUCCCUAUGCUUCUUUCAUUCUUUCUUUUCCGAUUAUCUUUUCUUUUUUCUUCAUGCACUCUUUCUCUUCUUUCUUUCUUUUUUUCUUUUUCCCUUCCCUUCUUUCUCGUAUCCUUUUCUUUCUUCCUUUCUCUAUUUUUCUUUCUUUUUUUUCUCCGUCUCUCUUUCAUUCUCUUUCAUUUUCUUACUCUCUUUUUUCUCUCUUUGUUUCAUUAUACUAUAUACAAUCUCCCCCCCCCUCUCUCUCUCUCUCUCUUUCAGUAUUACUAUUAUUUCUGGCUACACACGAUUUAA